AUGGACUUUGCCUUGGAAAAUUCACACCAAUUCUGGUCACAGCAAGCCCGAUUUGCAGCACGGAAAAAUCGAGAAAGAAGAUGUCAACAAGGUAGUGGACCAUGCAAUAUUUUUAUUUUAGAUACGUCCUCAAAUGUUGGUGAAGAAGGCUUCAUACAAAUGAAAGAGACAUUCUGCACAAUAAUGAAUGAAUAUGCAAAAUUUCCAAAAACCGAUGAGAAUGUGACAGUUGUGAUUUGUGCAACAAAAAACUCUUUUUCAGAUGAUGUAGAAUAUGGCGGACCCUGUCCACUUACUGCAGCUUUUGUUUUAUCAGAGGGGGCAAUUUGUAAUGGCGCAGGCUAUACAAAGGUGAUGGGGCAUUUUCACCUACAUCCACGUCUUAUUUUUAUUUCUGCUGGGAGACCAACUGAUUUCACUGUUAUGAAUGACGAUGAAAGCGUGCCUAUUUAUGGACCCGCUGAGAAAGUUGCUGCAAUUUUAACAUCUUCAACUUCCUUUGAUGGACUAGACAAAGGAACAUUUAUACAUCUGAUGUCUCGAGCAAUGCCCGGGAGGAAAUUCACCGAAAGGGACAAGGAUGAUAUUUUCGAAAUUUGUUCCAUGAAGUCAGUCUUUAAAUCAAUGGAUGAAAUCCGAGCAGAACAUGACAAUAAAAUGCGCUCCCGACUUGUUGAUUCCGGGAUGCCACCUGUAGGAAGUAGAGUUAAAAGAGGUCCAGACUGGAAGUGGAAAAACCAGGAUCAAAAUGGCCCUGGAACAGUAGUUUCGCAUUCUCAUGACGCUGGAUGGUUGAUUGUACAUUGGGAUAUUGGCACGUCAGCAAGUUACAGAUAUGGAACAACUAAUAUUGAGAAAGAUAAAUAUGAUGUUGUUGUUUGCCUUGAACCACGAAUACUAUACAAUGAACUUAUUGCUGUUGGAUGUUUAGUAAAAAGAG